AUGAUUUCCCCUAACGAAGAGGAUACAAAAAAACGCAGCUUUUCCAAACGCGAAGCUGAUGUCGUAGUUGUUGGAGCUGGGAUUUUUGGAUGUGCUGUAGCUUUCGCGUUGGCCAAGCAGGGCCGUAGCGUGUUUCUCCUCGAGAAAUCUCUCAAGCAACCGGAUCGGAUUGUUGGUGAAUUGUUGCAGCCGGGAGGGAUCUCAGCACUAGAGAAACUCGGCCUCUCGCAUUGUCUCGAGGACAUCGAUGCUAUACCAGUAUAUGGCUACGAAGUGAUCUAUUACGGAACAGGAGUGCGCAUACCUUACCCCGAUAAGAAGAUUGAAGGAAAGGGAUCUUACGAAUACUCUAAUGCCAAAGGCGGAAAACCAGAGGGAAGAGCUUUUCAUCAUGGCCGUUUCAUUUCUCAGCUACGAAAAGCCUGCGCACAACAGCCAAACAUCACGAUCGUUGAGACGGAAGUCAUGGAGACUGUCGAAAGUACGGACGGAUCUCAAGUAAUCGGGGUACAAACAAGGACAAUGAACCAGGAAACAGGUGUCAAAGAAAAAGACAAUUUUUACGCCCAGCUAACUAUUAUUGCUGACGGUUACGCAUCCAGAUUCCGUAAGCAAUAUAUUAAUCAUACACCUAUCGUGAAAAGUAAAUUCUACGCACUUGAGCUUAUCGACUGCCCACUCCCUGCACCGUGUCAUGGUACCGUUAUCCUUGGAGACGCUUCACCGGUUUUACUUUACCAAAUCGGCACUCACGAGACACGCGCGCUUGUCGAUGUGCCCGAGAAUACACCAUCUGCUGCUGUUUCUGCAGGUGGCAUACGUGGUCACCUCCGCAACGUCAUACUCCCAUCCUUACCGCAGCAAGUUCAGCCAUAUUUUGAGAAGGCCCUUGAAGAUGGCAAAAUACCCCGUAGCAUGCCCAAUAGUUGGCUUCCUCCUUCCACACAGCAGGAAAAAGGCAUAGUUAUACUCGGCGACGCCAUGAAUAUGCGACACCCCUUAACUGGUGGUGGUAUGACUGUAGCCUUUAAUGACGUUGUACUACUUUCCGACCUGCUCUCACCUGAAUGCAUUCCAAACCUAUCAGACACACACGCCAUUCAAAAGGCGAUGAAAGAUUUCCAUUGGAAACGCAAGGGUUUGUCCAGCAUCAUUAACAUUCUUGCCAUGGCUCUUUACUCUCUCUUUGCGGCCAACGAUCGACAACUUCGUGCUCUGCAGAAGGGAUGCUUUUCCUACUUCCUCAAAGGAGGCAACUGUGUCGAUGGCCCCGUUGGCCUCCUCGCUGGAAUCAUUAGACAACCAUUUGUACUCUUCUAUCACUUCUUUGCCGUCGCAUUCUUGAGCAUCUGGCUAAUCAUUCGUGAAACGACGGUUAACUUUGGGAAAAUCUGGAAGCUUCCCUUGGCACUUGAAGAGAGCGUGUUGAUUUUCUGGAAAGCUUGUGUAGUCAUAAUCCCCUUUAUCAUCAGCGAAAUCCGCAAUUAA